AUGGCCCUGGCGGUGGUCCUCCAGCUGCUGACCCUCUGGGCUCUGGGUCACGCAGACCUCACUCCGUCCGUGGCCACGAUAGUUCCCCCAGCCUCCUACCCCAAGCCAUGGCUGGGGGCUCAGCCAGCGGCAGUCGUGACCCCGGGGGUCAACGUGACCUUGAGGUGCCGCGCACCCCAGCCCGCCUGGAGGUUUGCGCUCUUCAGGGCGGGCGAGAGCGAGCCCCUGCUGCUCCGGGACGUGUCCUUGGAGCUGGCCGAGUUCUUUCUGGAGGCGGUGGCUCCCGCCCAGGGGGGCAGUUACCACUGCUGCUACCGCCGGCUGGACUGGGGACCGGGCAUCUGGUCCCAACCCAGCGACGUCCUGGAGCUGCUGGUGACAGACCUACUGCCGCGGCCGUCGCUGGUGGCGCUGCCCGGGCCGGUGGUGGCGCCCGGUGCCAACGUGAGCCUGCGCUGCGCGGGCCGCCUGCCGGGCAUGAGCUUCGCGCUGUACCGCGUGGGCCUGGCGGCGCCGCUGCAGUACCGCGACUCGGCGCAGCGCUGGGCCGACUUCCCGCUGCUCGGCGCCCGGGCGCCCGGCACCUACAGCUGCUACUACCACACGCCCUCGGCCCCCUACGUGCUGUCGCCGCGCAGCGAGCCGCUGGUCGUCAGCUCUGACGACUCCAGCUCCUUGGACUACACCCAGGGGAACCUCAUCCGCCUGGGGCUGGCGGGCUUGGUCCUCGCCACCCUGGGUGUGCUGGUCGUUUUGGACUGUUGCAGCAGGAGCAGUGCCCUCGACCAGGCCUUGCCCUAG